AUGCCUCCUGGUUCGUUUGAAGCUCCCUCCGCCUCGCCCCCGUCUCUCGAUCUGCCGCUCGCGACGACUAACUAUAUUCCUAGACCCGUCAUUGUCGCCGAGGACAUGAUUGGUGUUGCUAUGUACGAGUUGGUUAGAGUCAGUCACGAUAACCUAGUCGGUGAAGUCAUUCGAAUCAACGGCGACCAAGCAACCAUUCAGGUCUACGAGGAGACUGCUGGUGUCACGGUCGGUGACCCCGUCUACCGUACCGGAAAGCCCCUCUCCGUCGAGCUUGGCCCCGGUCUGCUCAACGGUAUCUACGACGGUAUCCAGAGACCUCUCGAGAAGAUCAGCGACAUCUCCAAGACCAUUUACAUCCCCCGUGGUAUCGCCGUCCCCGCCCUCGACCGCACAAAGAAGUGGGAUUUCGAGCCCACCGCCAAGGUUGGCGACCACAUCUCGGGCGGUGACGUCUGGGGUACCGUCAACGAGAACUCGUUUAUCUCUGUCCACCGGAUUUUGCUCCCGCCCCGUGCUCGCGGUACCAUUACCAAGAUUGCCAGCAAGGGCCAAUACACUGUCGCGGAGCCCCUCCUCGAGGUCGAGUUCGAUGGCAAGAAGACCGAGUACCCCAUGAUGCAGACCUGGCCUGUGCGAGUGCCUCGCCCAACUACCGAGAAGCUGCAGGCAAGCGAGCCCUUCGUCGUCGGCCAGAGAGUGCUGGACGCCCUUUUCCCUAGUGUUCAGGGUGGUACCGUCGCCAUUCCUGGUGCUUUCGGUUGCGGAAAGACUGUCAUUAGUCAGUCUGUGUCCAAGUUCUCCAACAGCGAUGUCAUUGUCUACGUCGGUUGUGGUGAGCGCGGAAACGAGAUGGCUGAAGUCUUGAAGGAUUUCCCCGAGCUUACCAUCGAGGUCGACGGCCGCAAGGAACCCAUCAUGAAGCGCACUACGCUCAUCGCCAACACCUCCAACAUGCCCGUCGCUGCUCGUGAGGCUUCUAUUUACACCGGUAUCACCGUAGCCGAGUACUUCCGUGACCAGGGCCUCGACGUUGCCAUGAUGGCCGACUCCUCGUCGCGUUGGGCUGAGGCUCUUCGUGAAAUCUCCGGACGUUUGGGAGAGAUGCCUGCUGAUCAAGGUUUCCCCGCCUACCUCGGUGCCAAGCUCGCCAGUUUCUACGAGCGUGCCGGUCGCGUCAAGUCUCUUGGCUCGCCCGAGCGAUUGGGCAGUGUCAGCAUUGUCGGUGCCGUCAGCCCCCCUGGUGGUGAUUUCUCCGAUCCUGUCACCACUUCCACCCUUGGUAUCGUGCAGGUCUUCUGGGGUCUCGACAAGAAGCUCGCCCAGCGCAAGCACUUCCCCUCCAUCAACACCUCGCUCAGUUACAGCAAGUACACCACGGUCCUUGAUAAGUGGUACGAGAAGGACUACCCUGACUUCCCCCGUUUGCGUGACCGUAUCAAGCAGCUCCUGUCCGACUCCGAAGAGCUCGACCAGGUCGUGCAGCUGGUCGGAAAGAGUGCGCUGUCCGACCCCGACAAAAUUACUUUGGAUAUCGCCGCGCUGUUGAAGGAGGAUUUCUUGCAGCAAAACGGUUACUCAGACUACGACCAGUUCUGCCCGCUGUGGAAGACUGAGUGGAUGAUGAAGCUCAUGGUUGGUUUCCAUGACGAGGCACAAAAGGCCGUUGCCCAGGGCCAGAGCUGGGCCAAGGUUCGCGAAGCUACUGGAGACCUGCAGGCCAAGCUUCGUCAACUCAAGUUUGAGGUUCCCGAUGAUGGCCAGGAUGUCAUUACUAAGAAGUACGAGGACAUCCAGCAGGAGAUGCUGGACAAGUUUGCUUCCGUUGUUGACGAGUAA